CGUCUUUAUGACAUGGCCAAACGUGAUAGAACGACAAGAACGGGGCUACUUAAGCUGUUGGGCAGUCUACGACACAUCGUCACAUGUAUUAGGUCGGCAGCGCCGUUCUUCCAGCGUGUUGCUUUGCUUGCACGAAGUGCACCAAGCUUUGGAUCCAUCCCGGUGUCGACUGAAGCGAAGGAUGACUUACGGUGGUUUGAGUUGAUCGUCCAAGUUGGAAGUUGAACUCAAUCCUGUUUGCUCGCUUCACUCGACGUCAUGAUCCAGAUUUUCACAUUCACAUGGAUGCCAAUGAUCAAGGUCUGUGUGCUUUAUUCCCGGCACAUCGACAGUAUUUUCAAGUGAAGUUCACUGUUGAGGAACUUGAGGUAAUCCAGAGCUGCAAUGAUGCGGACGAUAACACGUUCUGCAUCAACGUUCGGGAAUUGAUGAGUGCUGUCUUUGCCUCUCUUCUAUGGGGUCACCUGUGGAAGCUUGCACCACAUGAAGGUGCAGAUCCCGAGCGGCUCUCGAAAUUUCUCGCGUCUUUGGGAGCACUAUUGCGAGCAGGUGAACUCUCUCAGUCCUCAAGUAAGCACUACUCGCGCGUUUGGGGCCAAUGGGUCGCCUGGUGCAGUAUGAUGCGCUUCAGUCCAUGGCUCACGGCGACGGACACAGAUAAGAACGCCGAGCAACUUGGAGCGUUUGCGGUUUACCUGUGGAAGUAUGGCAUGAAUCGUCAGCAAAAAGGCAACACAUUUUCGACGAUAUGCGCAAAACUGUGCGCAGUUCGGUGGUUCCAUCGCAAUACGGCAGGGUACGACCCAGGCGUCAACGCCAGUCACGCCAUCCUGCUGCGGGGUAUUCGCCGGAUUACCGAUCCCGUGGUAAAGCAGCGGCCCCAGUCUGCUCGGCUACUUCGAGUGAUUUUCGUCGACAUCAAUCUCACGCUGCCAUGCGACCAGCUUUUGUGGGGUGGUCUACUGCUGGGAUACUUUUUCCUCCUCAGACGGUCUGAAUACUUAUUCAUCGGUAAAAGAGUUGACAGCUACGUCUUACGAUUGUCGGGUAUACAAUGCUUCGACACAAACGAGGAUCCUGUACCCCCGAAGCGAGCCAAGGUGGUGGGUAUUACCCUUCAUGGCGCGAAAAACAAUCCGUUUGGGCGUGAGAAGGUCUGCUAUCACUACAAGUCCAAAGAUCGACUCCUAUGCCCAGUUAGAGCGGAUCGGUGGGUCUACAAGGCGGCAAGAACAUUUGCUACGAGACCGGGAGACCCGGCGCUAUCGAUGUGGAAUAGUGGGAUUACGUCGGAUGCUAUUCGGGGGCGGACUGACUUGUUAUCAAGGUGA